GGUUAGAACCUGAGAUUCCACUUGGACUGAAACCAUCAAAUCGUUUUGUUUUGGUUUGUUUUUUUAUUAAAAAUGAUUCGGUGUUGAGAUGGUAUAGUGCUGGAUUAAACACGAGCUCAGAUUAGUGUCUCCACGUUACCGGGUGCGGUGAUGUGCGGGGUAGCACGCGGAAGUGAGGACACGUGACCAAUCAUCAACAACACCUUUACAAACAGAGAGUGAGAGAGAGAGAGGAAGAGAGAGUGAGAGAGUGAGAGAAAGAGAGAGAGAGAGAGAAAGAGAGAGAGAGAGAGCAGAGCUGCUGCGUCUGCGUCUGCAUCUGCGUCUGCGUCUCCUCAACACCAAGCCAAGUGGAUUUAUUCUGAGUCUGAUCGCCUUUCUGGAUAACUAGUACAAUGCCAUCGCUUCAUCCGUGCUUAUUUAUUUAGUGUGGAAUGAGAGGAACCCAUGCCUGAGUGAGAGUACCGGUGAGCUUCAGCUUGGCACGAUGCGCCUUCAUAUCCUCGGGAUUGUCACUGGAUUUACUGUCCUGAGUGCACUCAGAAGCCUUACACAUGCUGUUCCAGCUCCGUUCGAUGUGUCUGUAAAGUGUGACAGUUAUGGAGUCGUGGUGGAGUGGAUGGCUGCUGGUCUCAGUGAACAAGCUGAGUUCCUGUUAGAGCUCAAACCAGACUUCGGGAAAAACAUUUCUGUUAGUACAAAGUAUCCUCGAUACAACAUAUCUGACCUGCUGCUGGAUACGGCGUACAACCAGUACUUUGUGAAGGUGAAGGCCAGAGAUGGUGAACAUGAGUCUGAGUUUGCAGAAUCACAAAUAUUCUCUUUCAAUUAUUUGAAAGAAGUAAAUAUUACCUGUGGCCUUGAGUUCCCCACAGUUAACCUGUUUCCUCGAGACGGGAAGUUGUUUGUUGAAUUCAUCAACCCUUUGCACCUGUACAGAAACACACCUGCUCUACGCAAUCUCCGGAAAACUGAAACACUAGAGUACACUGUCGCUACACUACAAAGCCACAAGAUAUCUCAUGAAUCUGCUUGCUCUAUCGAGUCGGAAAAGUGUGAGAGCAGCGUGUCAUUCCCAGAAGAGCAAGAGAAAUACUGCAUCAAACUCCUGGGAAGGAUCAGACAAACUUGUGUAUGGGAAACAGAACCUUACUGUCAUGAGGGCACCCUUAAUCCUGGUCCACCCAUCACCGUGUACCUCAUCCCAGUGCUGGUGGGUUUUGCAGUGUUUCUCGCUUUGACAUUGGCCACUGUGUUUCUGGUGAAGGAAAUCAAUAAGAAAAUAAAGGAGCAACACCUUACCAAGUUACCACUAUCUCUGAAAACCAAGCUGACAUACAUUCCUGUGAACACACCUGAAAAUCCCAACGUUGAACCGGCUGUCAACAUUUCCACGAACAGUACUUACAACUUCCAAGAAAGCAUCACCCAGUCGGAAACCACCACCAACAGCGACAUCACCACAGACUGCACUGAGGACGAGGACGUGCAUAAAAGCUCAGGAAGCAGCGAACUGGAAGCAAGCUCUUCCCAGGAAAGGUUGUACGGGACCGGAGCAGAGCUGUCGAGCAGUGACUUGUCUACGGGUUACGACCGGCCACAUACACUCAUAGAAAUGAGCCCUGAAGACAAGGUGAAAAAUUAUGGUAGCUGAUAGGGAUUGUUUGGGACCUUCAUCAAACACAGCGAUACACAUCUCAUGUUCCAAGAUGUCAGACAGACAACAAAAAGAGAUGUCAUGGAGGAGAGAAUGUAAAUAAUGUGAAUAGCCACAGAUCUACAUCAGGUGUUUUUAAUUGCUUUUUAAAAAAAAAAAAAUCAUCUCUCAUCUACAGUAAUAUUUAAUCUAAAGCCAGUACAAAGCUAUUCUCUGAAGUAAGUAGACCAGCAGGACUGACACUUUCAACAUUCCAGUUCUCCAUUCAGUUUCUGUCUUAACACACUAAGGCAUUAAGGCUGUUUAGCACCGACUGUCAGCCUCAAGCAAUUCACGUGCUUAGAUAUGUAUAUUAAAAAAAAUACAUGCACUAAUGGCUCAGGGUGCUCAGGGACUAAACCAAACCUUGUGGUGUUAUUAGAUAAUUAGAUAUCUGACACUAUAACUGUUGCAAGAGUGGAAAGUGACAAACAGCAGGUACUCUAAUUACAGUAAGCGACUACAUGAUUGACUGUAACUACUUUUUUUUUUUAGGAUAAUUAAAAUAACUUCCAUUGAUCAUUUAACAUAUCAGAUGAACCCCUGCUGAAAGUCUACUUCAGGUGCCAAAUGCUUAGCAGCAGUGUCUGAGACAGUGGAGACAGAUCUGCUUCCCUGGCACAAUUUAUCAGCUGUAACAGCGUGAUGAUCAGCUGCAAAAAUACGCAAGAAACACGCAAAACCUGCGGAGAUAUCGGCAUUAGACUAGCUAGCCAGAUCUUUUGAUAUUUUACAGUAUGAAAGCUCUGAAUUAAACUUCGAUGUUCGCUAGCGAUUGCCUGUUGUGUUAAAUAUAUCGAAGCGCCAUGCUUAGCGCAGCAUGUAGGUACUGUGUAAAGGGCAUCUUUGCGAGAUAGCUAAGUAUGAAAUAACAUGAGCUAGCUAUCUUGUUAACAAACCUAGCAAGAUACUGAAACUCCAACAGAAUUUGGCUAGCUAGCUAACAUUACCUUUAUUUAUAUAAUUGUGUUUAUUCUUCAGAUACAGAACAUUUUCAGAUUGUUGGGUCAAUUAUAGACUUAAAAAAAAUACAUUUAAUUUUUUAUAUUGAUUACUUGUAGUUUUACGCAAGUAAAUUAUUACUACAGUAGCAGUGCUUUUACUUUUAAGGCAGUGUGUUUUUUUGUACUCUGUGUACCAUGUUGCCAUUUUGUUAUUGCUCAUUAACCUAAAAAGCUGCUGCUCCCUGGUCGCUGUAUCAGGACGCAUCAGGUCAGAGCUGGAUCUCUCUAUAAAUAAGCAGCAAACUGGAAGGCAUGCUUGAAUGUCAGGGUGUAAUAUAAAUGGGCGCAGCUUUAUGAUUGAGAUUAAAACAGGGACAAGGUUCACAGAUCACAUGGUGUCAUAAUGCAACGUUUGAGUACGGAGCAAUUUGGAGUGAAGCUGAAGUUAAGUUUGCUUUCAAUCUGGAAAGCAAAACAUCGAAAAAUCCUGUACAUCUCUAAUGUCCAGAAAAAUGAAGAAAGAUUGUUUUAUUUUUUUAUUCGUUUAUCUAUACACUCUUAGGGAAUAAACGGUGUUUUCACACUUGUUUUUUUUUUUUUUUUUUUUUUUUUU